CUCCGUCACCCAGAGAAUUACUAUUUGGCAGAGUUAUCUGGACUGACACGCACACGCUUGUUCUGCGUGAAACCGAACAAGAUGGGCUACGCCUUCGACAAAUGCAAGGAGAGGCCGGCGCACAUUGACGAGAUUCUCAACGGCCUGAACCGCUAUAACCCUGAGACGACGACCACAUUUCAAGAAUAUGUCAAUCAACAAUGCGAGGAGAAGUUUUUUGACGCAUACGCAUGUUUGGCGCUGCUCAAGCUGUACCAAUUCAACCCUCAACUCCUGCACCCUGAGACAGCGACAAACAUCCUUGUCAAAGCCCUAACUGUCUUUCCUUCGCCUUCAUUCUCCCUCUGUCUUGCUCUUCUCCCUCCCUCGACGAUUCCCUACAGCCCGGGUAACACCUCGAUCCCCACCACCGACCUCACCGAAUCCAUACAAAAGCUCACCCGGCUCAACACCCUGCUCGAAUCCGCCCAGUACGAAGCGUUCUGGUCUACAUUAGAAUCAGACGACCUUUACUCGGACCUCUAUGCCGAUGUUGUCGGGUUCGAAGACUUGGUGAGAAUACGGAUUGCGGGGGAGGUGGGCAAGACCUUUCGACAAAUCGACCUGGGAGUAUUGAGCGGGUGGCUGGAUUUGAGGGGGGACGCGUUGACAAAGUUCGCUCAGACUGCCUGUGGGUGGAGAGUCACAGGACAACAGGUGGACAUUCCGGCGAACGCAGAAAACGAAGCCAAGAGUGAAACCAAGGGUGAAAGAGUUGGAGUGGAUAUGUUUGGCCGAGUAUUCAGGAGAGGCUAUGAGGCGCCCGCUUGAGGAUGGAAAGUCAGGAUUGUGACGAACGCCCAACCAAGAUAACCACAGCACUCUGGGCUUUUGGUCCUUCAAAGAGCUGUGAGACAUCGUGGCUUCGACAGAGUCUGCCUACAGGCGACGGGGCUCUGUAAGCCUCCUGCCCCGGGCCAUUUCCCUUGUUGAACGACAGUAUGCUCGUCUAGGCAUUGACGAAUAUCUCCUGAGCUCGGGGAGAGGGUCUCCACCGAGAUCUUAUCCAUGGAUGACUUUCCAUCAGGUUGAAGGUCAAAAAGAGAAUCAUGAUUAAUGGUUGCAAAAUACGGAGUACGUUAGGGGCAGCUGCGAGGCUAUGAAUCAGGUAGAGCUGCCUCCCGAAACAUGGCUGCGGGCGGCUGCAAUAUUGCUGCAAUACGAAAAUCCCUGGGUAUCUAAUUCGAG